AUGGAGCUCGCCAGCGCGGACGGGCGCGUGGUGGUCCAAGUGCUGCCGUACGGGCUGACUGUGCACGCGAUUCGCGUGCACCACGACGGGGACUGGCACGAUGUGCUUGCAGGUCCUGAGGAUCCCGCUGACCAUGCCAGGUACGGGCGCCGGUUCUUUGGACAGGUCGUCGGCAGGUACGCCAACCGCCUGCCGGCGGGCACGAGUGAAGCGGGCGGCGUCCGUGUCGACCUGGCCGAGUGGGGUGGCGAGGGCGUCAGCCACCACGGUGGUCCGCCCGCUGUGGCUCGUGACGGGAUCGAGCAGACGGGGCCGCUGGAUACGGUUACGUGGACCGUGCUCGAGCAUGCGCAGCUCUUUGGCGACGAGGCCCACGAUGCGUGUGCGACGUUUGGCAUCGAGUCGCCCGCGGGCGAUCAGGGCUACCCCGGCCGCCUGCGCAUCGAGGCACGCAUUGCGGUCGACGGCGGCGACGUGCCGAGCGUGCGUGUCGCAUACCGAGCCAAGCUCAUGGACGCGUGCGCGGCGACACCGCUGAACCUCACGCAGCACUGGGGCUUUAAUUUGGACGCGUCGAGCGCAGCAUCCAAAGGAGCAGGCGUUGGCGCGCACGUACUCCAAAUGCAGACGCCGCUGCGCCGCCUCGUGCUCGAUGCGCGCGGCGUGCCGACCGGCGAGCUGCGUGCGGUCGAGGCGGAGCAUGACUGGACGCGAGGCAAGCGCAUUGCAGACGCCAUGCCUGACGGGGGAUACGACGACUUUUAUGUGUGGGGCCGACCUGGCAGUGGACCGGUCGUGCGCCUCGCUGCGCCGUCGGGUAUUGCGCUCGACUUUUCUACGAACCAGGCAGGUGUGCAGCUGUAUACGGCCAACAGUGUAUCUGAUCCUGCGCCGGUACGCAAGGCCGUGCACGGCGGAUUGUACGAUGGCGUACGCUGUGCGGCCUUCCUCGAGUUUAGCGCGCCGCAUGCGACGUUCCUGCGCCCCCCGCUGCAUGGUGCCGCCGCAGGCGAUACAAUACUACAUGCUGGUGAGGUGUACGAGCACUGGGUCAAUAUUGCGAUCCAGCUGAAUGAAAAAGGAGCAUAG